GCGCGCGGGGGAGGGGGCGUUGAAGGCGCGUGGAGAAAAGGGGAGUUUAAAAAAAAAAAAAUCAACCAUCAACGCGCUAGCGGCUCGGGGUCACGAACUAUGACCUUUAACAGAAGAAAACCAAAACAAAUAUUUUAUAAAAUAGCGGAGAGCGCAAAGUCUGCGGUCGUCGUUUCCCACAGAUGUUUCUAAUGUCUGGACAUUGGCAUGAUGAGAAACCAGAACCUGCUGUCUCAGCAGCAAGUGGACUCUGAUCAGAUUGUAUGAUGACUGCAUCUUCACAUCGCUUUCAGUUCAUUUCAGCGGAGCCUGCCACUACACCACAGCAAAUCCAGAUUGUAACUGACCAGCAUACAGGACAGAAGCUUCAGAUAGUGACAGCAAUGAACUCCUCCAGUACUCCUAAGCAGCAGUUCAUUUUGACUAUGGGUGAUAGCUCAGGACCUGGCAAGGUUAUCCUGGCCUCCCCAGACAGCCACAACACUAAGCAGCUCAUCUUUACUGCUGCAGAGAACUUUCUCCCUGGAAGGAUACAGAUUGUCACAGAUCCCGUGUCAAUGGAACGGUUGCUUGGUCAGUCAGGGGACUUGAGCCGACCACAGCCAGUGGAGUACUGCGUAGUUUGUGGGGACAAGGCUUCAGGUCGUCACUACGGAGCAGUCAGUUGUGAAGGCUGCAAAGGUUUCUUCAAGCGGAGUGUAAGGAAGAAUCUGACUUACAGCUGCCGGAGUAAAGAAGACUGUGUCAUUAACAAACACCAUCGUAAUCGCUGCCAGUUCUGUCGGUUGAGAAAAUGCCUCAAAAUGGGGAUGAAGACUGAAUCUGUACAGAGUGAAAGAAAGCCUGUCGAUGUAUUGCCAAGAGAGAAACAUACAAACUGCGCUGCAUCGACACAGAAGAUCUACAUUCGCAAGGAUUUAAACAGUCCGCUAAUCGCCACACCAACAUUCAUGUCCGAUACAGAGACUGAUUGUUCCAGGUCCAGCCUGCUGGAUCAGGGGAUGCUGGUUAAUAUCCAGCAGCCAGUCAUUCAGACUGAUGCUACUCUGCUGCUGGCUGACUCAAAGAUGGAACCUGGGCAGGGAGACCUGGGGACGCUUGCCAAUGUUGUGACAUCACUGGCCAGCCUGAAUGACUCCCUAAAAGAGAAUUUAAACAACGGCAAUUCAUCAGACAGUCCACAUGAGGAACAAUCGGCCAGUGAGAUAACACGCGCCUUUGACACCUUGGCCAAAGUCCUUAACCCACCUGAAGAAGGAUUGGGACGCACCCGGACAGAAAAUUCACUGUGUGCCACUGGAACAACCAUCCAGCUUAUUGGUGGAGACCAGGAGUCCCCCAUAAUUGAGGUGGAAGGGCCACUGCUCACAGACAGCCAUGUUUGUUUUAAGCUGACCAUGCCCAGCCCCAUGCCUGAGUAUCUGAAUGUACAUUACAUCUGUGAGUCAGCAUCCAGACUUCUGUUUCUCUCGAUGCACUGGGUGCGCUCCAUCCCCGCCUUCUCAGCUCUUGGUCAGGAGGCAAACACCAGUUUGGUCCGAGCAUGCUGGAAUGAGCUGUUCACUCUGGGUCUCGCUCAGUGCGCUCAUAUCAUGAACCUGUCAACCAUCCUGUCUGCCAUCAUCAACCACCUUCAGAGCAACAUUCAGGAUGACAAGCUUUCAGGGGAGCGAGUGAAGCAGGUGAUGGAGCACAUCUGGAAGUUCCAAGAGUUCUGUAACAGCAUGACGAGGUUGGAGACGGACCGUUAUGAAUACGCCUACCUGAAAGCAAUAGUUUUGUUCAGCCCUGAUCAUCCAGGUGUGGACAGCAGCGGACAGAUUGAGAAGUUCCAAGAGAAGGCUCUAAUGGAGUUGCAGGACUAUGUGCAGAAAACUUAUCCAGAUGACACCUACAGGUACAUUCAUACCUCCCAGAUUGACCCGUAUCCUGACACGGCUCCCAGCCCUGCGCCUCAUGAGCUCAAGCAUCACAGAGGAGCUUUUCUUCACGGGUUUGAUAGGUAAUGUCUCUAUUGAUAGCAUCAUUCCCUACAUCCUUAAAAUGGAGACAGCCGAGUAUCACAGCCAGGAGUCUGACCUGACAGAAUGACACACCUUCACUCCAGUUCGCAGAAUUGUCUGUUAAAGAUGAGUGUGCCUCCACUUCAGGUACUGAGUAUGUGAGGGUUUAGAACCUGUAAUGACGCCUGGUGCAGUCAGUCAGGUUUCACUGGUGGAUUAAGAUAAUCUGUCUUGUUUUCAGGGGGCAGUGCAGUUUGCGCCUCUUGGUUUUGUGGCCUAAAUUGAAUGGCUUUGAACUGAAUGAAAGCAGAUGUUUUGCCAACCACAGCUCUUUUUCUGACUUCAUCGCACUUCAAGCUAAAUAUAUGUAAGAUUUACAUUUUCAACUAUUUAGUUACUUUAAUCCAACUGUUACUGUGUUCUCAUUGUCACAGACAUAAUUUUAAUACGGUCUUUUGUUUCAGCUAUUGACAAAAAUAUAUUUUACAAACCCAGCCAAAUCAAACCUAAUAAAAAAAAGUCUUUGUACUGACUCUAAAAUGUACUUUGAGGCUGACUAUUUAUUUGCCAACGUUGGUACAGCAUAGGUAUGUUAUUACUCUUCAUUUAAGAAAUUUGACAGUGGACAAUAAGUAAUGGCUUGAAAAAUAAUUUGUCAGCUACAAAAAGUGAUUCAGACCACAAACCUCAGUCCUUAAUCUGUGGAGUACUCCCGUUAGCUGGGUGUCAUAGUGUUGAAGUACUUCCUGUUGCAACAUGACCAGUAUUUGAUAUAAUUCUAUGUUAAAGUGAUCACAUCUUUUUUAUAUAAAUUAUUUUUUAUUCUAUUGAUUCUGAUGUCAGAUUGUCAGUGUUCUGGUACACUUAUUUCUGAAUUAGGAGAUGCAUAAGUUUAUUGAAGUUCUACUACAAAUGUAUCACGUGCAAUCGCCUCAUCACUUUUCCCUUUAUGACAAUCGGUUUGUUCGCUUGCAUUUCGUCAGUCAUAACUACCUUUCUAUAUGUACAUUUCUUAACUGUGUAUUUAUGGCAGUUAUCUGUUUUAAAGAAUUUUUAGCGUGAAAGGAGUUGGGUCCAGAAAUGUAACUUAUUUGUAGCUAUGCUACUGUUUUUGUAUGUUUGCAUUUGUAUUCUGCUCAGUGCACAUCAGACAGCUUUUGUGGUUUUCAGCUGUAUUCUUGCUGACUAAAACUUUUUUUAAUAUGUUUUCUAAAAGGUUUUUAAUUCAUUUGUUUUGAAGAAAGUUGUUGAAUACUAAUUAAGUGUACUUAAAAGUACUUUUGGGCAGGUUUCCCUAAAUAAAUAAAUAAAAUUCAUGACCGUCUUUAAGAUGAUACAGAAAUAGGAUUUUUGUUAUCAAAACGUUGGCUAUAUUGACUAUUAUUUGGGUGUCAGACCCUUAAAAGACUGUUUGCAGAGGCAGGGGUGUGAAAUGCAAUUUGUAUGUGUAACUUCAUUAAAAUGCGUGCAUGUUGUUGUCAAACAGGGUUUUAUAAUCUUGUUACUGCCUGCCCUUAAAAGAACAUUGUUAUUUUUAUAAUGCAUUGCAGUGCAUGAAGUUGCUUAAGUGCAUUUUAAUAAAUGCUGUAUGGAGAGAAAAAAAGUGUUGAUUUUAAAUGUUGUGGCUUUAUAAUAUUUACUAGGGGCUGAGCUGGUGUUCAGUGACAUUUGGCCAGAAAAGAAGAAUCGUGUUGAAUGGUUAAAGGUCCAUAGUAUGUAAUGUAGUUUCAAUAUUUUACCCAUUCCUUCAAACAAGAUUGAUGGAUUCAAACAGCAUCCUUUAUUUUUGUUCAUUAAUCACAUACGUUUUCUACCUCACAUCAAUGAAUAUGUAAAACAAGUGUGUUCAUGACUGAGCUCUUGUAUUAUCAUUCCAGUCUCUGAAGCUGACGUCUUUGAAGCCACAGGCUAUAAAAAGAAAUAAAGAGUUUCACAUGGAG